AUGCAUGAAGAUAAGGGAUAUACAGAAGCUAGAAAGGUGCUGAAGGAACGAUAUGGGCAGAACUACCGGAUAGCCGCAGCUCAUGUUCAAAGACUGAUCGAGGGCCCGCCUAUUAAGAAUGAAGAUGGGACCACCUUGCAACGAUUCUCGGUGGUGCAAUUAACGAGUUCACAAAUAGAUUGGAAAAGAUCGGAUAUCUGGACAAGCUGA